AUGCUUAAAAAGAAUUUAGUUAACCUUAUUACACAUUGGUGUCCAUCAAACAUAUUAUCAAGAGAUGGUAAUGCGAAAAAGUUUUGUCUCAUCGUUCUAAAUCAACCUAUCAAUCAUGUCGAUGCAUUCCACAGACUAUGGAGUAACGCAACCUACAAAUUUGUCGCUGAUGGAGGAUCCAAUAGACUGUAUGACGCGUUCAAACAUGAUCAAGAGGCACUAGCACAAUAUAUUCCAGACGAAAUUAGAGGUGAUUUGGAUUCCAUUAGACCUGAUGUUCGAGCAUAUUAUGAAUCCAAGAGCGUCAAAAUUACCAAAGUGAGCGAUCAAGAUUCAACGGAUUUCAUGAAGUGUGUGGCUCUCUUGAAUGAAAAAGAAAAGGAAAGAGGACAAAUUUUCGAUAUCGUUGCGACACCAGCACUAGGAGGCAGAUUUGACCAAACAAUAGCCAGUAUCAACAUGCUAUACAUGCUCAAAGACGAAAUUGAGAGACGGUUCAUUCUAGUGAGUGAUGAGAAUCUGACCAUGUUGUUAGAUAAAGGAACACACCAAAUACAUUGUCAGCUGGACCUGGAAGGUCCGACCUGUGGUGUAAUGCCAAUUGGAUCGCCUGCUACGCUUACAACAAAAGGAUUAAAAUGGGAUAUGGACAAUCUAAAGUGUGAAUUUGGCGGCAUGGUCAGCACAUCGAAUGCCGUAGAUAACGACAUGGUAGAGAUAGUGACAGAUGCUCCUGUUGUAUGGACAAUUGAGAUCAAUCUUUUGAAAUAA